AUGUCGUUCGCGGACUCGCGCAGGAGUUCAGCCGGCUGGAGCUGGUGCACGUGGGAGCCCGACGACUGGACCGGCGAGCCCGCGCUGCGCCCGCCGCCCCUGGCGCGCCGUGCUCGCCCGCCGCCGCUGGCGCGCCGGUGCAACGCCGGCAGCCAACCCGCCCUCCUGCCGCGGGUCGGUGCGCGGCCCCGCCGCCCCGCCCCCGCCCCGCCCCCGGCGACACUCCGCGCCGCUCUCGGCACAGACACGACGGGCACCAACCCGCGGUUCCACGUGCAGAUCCCGCGCGCGGAGGCGAGCGGCGCGCGCAAGUGCCACGUGGUGGUGUCGGUGACGCAGCUUGGUACGCCAGCCGCGCGCCGCCUGCACGCCGUCGGGUUCGCGGUGUACCGGCUGCCGGCCGCCGCCGCGCGCCGCGCCCCGGCUCCCGCUCGGCCUGGUACGCCGCCCGCCCCCUCCCCCGCCGCCGCCUCGUCCGCCCCACACUAA